AUGCUUCAGUUCAGCUGGCGGCUAGCCAAACUCGCGUUUUCCCUCCACCCUGAACCCAUCAGAGUUCCCCUCAACCCCAACCCCCACCAGAGCUACCCUCCAUCCCGACCAUCAACCCCCACAAGAGUUCCAUUCCACCCCGAACCGACCCCCACCAGAGUUCCCCUCCACCCCAACCCCCACCAGAGUUCCCCUCCACCCCAACCCCCACCAGAGUUCACCUCCACCCCAACCCCACCAGAGUUCCCCUCCACCCCAACCCCACCAGAGUUCCCCUCCACCCCAACCCCACCAGAGUUCCCUUCACCCCAACCCCCACCAGAGUUCCCCUCCACCCCAACCCCACCAGAGUUCCCCUCCACCCCAACCCCACCAGAGUUCCCCUCCACCCCAACCCCCACCAGAGUUCCCCUCCACCCCAACCCCCACCAGAGUUUACCUCCACCCCAACCCCCACCAGAGUUCCCCUCCACCCAACCCCCACCAGAGUUCACCUCCACCCCAACCCCCACCAGAGUUCACCUCCACCCAACCCCACCAGAGUUCACCUCCACCCCAACCCCCACCAGAGUUCACCUCCACCCCAACCCCCACCAGAGUUCACCUCCACCCAACCCCCACCAGAGUUCACCUCCACCCCAACCCCCAGCAGAGUUCACCUCCACCCAACCCCCACCAGAGUUCACCUCCACCCCAACCCCCACCAGAGUUCACCUCCACCCAACCCCCCACCAGAGUUCACCUCCACCCAACCCCCACCAGAGUUCACCUCCACCCCAACCCCCACCAGAGUUCAUCUCCACCCAACCCCCACCAGAGAUCCCCUCCACCCAACCCCCACCAGAGUUCACCUCCACCCAACCCCCACCAGAGAUCCCCUCCACCCAACCCCCACCAGAGUUCACCUCCACCCAACCCCCACCAGAGUUCACCUCCACCCCAACCCCCACCAGAGUUCCCCUCCACCCAACCCCCACCAGAGUUCCCCUCCAACCCAACCCCCACCAGAGUUCACCUCCACCCCAACCCCCACCAGAGUUCAUCUCCAACCCAACCCCCACCAGAGUUCACCUCCAACCCAACCCCUACCAGAGUUCACCUCCACCCCAACCCCCACCAGAGUUCACCUCCACCCCAACCCCACCAGAGUUCCCCUCCACCCCAACCCCUACCAGGUUUCAUCUCCACCUCAACCCCCACCAGAGCUCCUAA